AUGGGCGGUUUCGCGUUGCUCACUUGCAAUGCCGUUUUGGCCUUCGUUUGCAAAGAAGCCCAAUUGGCGGAUCCGCUUCUUCUUUCUCGGGUUCUUACUGUGAGUUUCAUUGCAGCUACAUGCUUUCUCCUGGUGAAGCACUUUAUCAAGGUAAUGGUUCCGCUCUUCCUGAAGGCCAACAUGUGCGGCAGGGACAUUAAUAAGCGCGGCACACCAGCAGGAGAAAGGCCGAUCCCCGAGCCACUAGGCCUGAUACCAGCAGCAGUCUAUAUUCUCGUACUCUGUGCGCUGCAUCUCGUGGGUGAUCACAACGGUGACGCCCGCUUGUAUACGGCUGCGAUGGCUUGUGUUACGUUCAUGACGCUUCUCGGAUUUGCAGACGACGUUCUUGACUUAAAAUGGCGUUACAAAUUGAUUCUCCCUUUCAUUGCUAGCAUGCCACUUCUGGUCAACUAUACCGGCGUGACGACUGUCGUGAUGCCGCCCGCGUCGGGAAGAUUGGUGGACCUCGGGCUCGGGUACUAUCUGUACAUGUCGCUGUUAAGCAUAUUCUGCACGAAUGCGAUCAAUAUUUACGCAGGCAUUAACGGGUUGGAGGUGGGACAAUCGGUCGUGAUUGGGAUCUUCGUACUCAUGCACAACGCACUUAACAUCAACCCGACGGUGCCGAAGGAUAACAUCAAGCUGCUUCGGGCACAUCAUGCGUUUUCAAUGGACAUGAUGAUUCCGUUUGUGGCUGUGACUUUGGGCUUGCUGGUGCACAAUUGGUACCCGUCGCGGGUAUUUGUCGGGGAUACCUUUUGCUACUUUGCGGGAAUGGCGUUUGCUAUGGCUGCGAUUUUGGGGCAAUACGCACUCACGCUGCUUCUAUUCUUCCUACCACAGAUUUUUAACUUUCUAUACUCGGUGCCGCAGCAGUUGUUUCGGAUUGUGCCAUGCCCGAGAUAUCGCUUGCCUACUUUUAACCAGGAAACAGGGAAAUUGGAGGCCGUCAAGUCACAUCUCAACCUUGUGAACCUUGUGUUGUGGAUCACGGGGCCGAUGACGGAACGUGCGCUCUGCGUUGUUACUUCUUUUAGAAGUUGUGUGUUGUUGUGGUGGGUUAGCAGUUCGUGGAUCUGUUCUAACUUUAAUAAACAAAUGACGACGCUCAAUAUCAUCAUGCAAUUAUCCCAAUGGUAUUGCGUCAAAGUCAUGCAAGCAUGUUGCUACAAUACCGGUGUAUAA